UUCAUCUCCCUCUUAGCUAGUUUCUUAACCGAUCCACUCUCUCAUAAAUCAUCCAAUGGAAAACGUGCAAGAAAUAAUGCCUCCUAAAACUCCAAUUCAAUCGGAGACCAUGAGCUUUUCUGAUGGCAUAACACCAUCUCAACUCCAACGCAAAGAUGAAAACUCCCAGAAUUCCAGCAAUGAUAUACACAAGAUCACUACCCCCGACCGCCUUAAAGUUCCAAAGGCAUUCAAGUUCCCAGAAAGGUAUACAAGCCCAACUGAUAAGAUAAUGUCCCCUGUGACUAAAGGACUUCUGGCCAGAAACAGAAAGGGUAGUUCCCUCUUGCCCCCUAGCAAAAAUAUGCUGAAGCCUACUCAAGAUUCCGGAUUGGCCGCUGUAGAAUGUAAAAUUCCUUCGGAAUUGAAGUAUGAUUCGAAGAACUGAAGAGUAUGAGGCACUUUAGGAACAUUUCCAGUGGCUUUUUUAUUUCUUUGCUUCAAGGUGUAGUGAAAUUUGUGGUGUGUGACUUUGUUCUUUUGUUCAUGUAUUCUGAAAUUUGGAUAUAGAUGUGACUUGUGAAUGAGUAAUAAGAUCCAUCAGCAUAU